UGUCUCUCGGCUAGACGUCUGUAUCACGAUGUCCUCUCAUCUGUGUGCUCUGAUCCUGUUUGUUCUGUGCGGUGUGCUUGGUGAUACAGAUGAGUCAGUGUCAGUGACUGAAGGAGAUUCUGUCUCUCUUAACUCUAAUUUUACUGAAAUACAGAGAGAUGAGCAGAUUCUGUGGAUGUUUGGACCUAAAGAGACAAGAUUAGCUGAAAUCUAUAAGAACAGCAUUGAUAUGUUUAACAGUAAUGAGAGAUUUGGAGACAGAUUGCAGAUGGACAAUCAAACUGGAUCUCUGACCAUCAGAAACAUCAGAAGAACAGACUCUGGACUUUAUAAACGACAGAUCCGCAGCCACAGAGGAAACUCAGACAAGACAUUCAUUGUUACUGUCUAUGCUCGUCUACCUGUUCCCGUCAUCACCAGUAACUCUUCAAACUGUUCUUCAUCUUCAUCGUCAUCAGUGUCCAGAUGUGUGCUGCUGUGUUCAGUUGUGAAUGUGAGUGCUGUGACUCUCUCCUGGUACAAAGGAAACAGUUUAUUGUCCAGCAUCAGUGUGUCUGAUCUCAGCAUCAGUCUCUCUCUACCUCUGGAGGUGGAAUAUCAGGAGAACAACAGCUACAGCUGUGUGAUCAACAAUCCCAUCACAAACCAGACUCAACACAACAUUAACAUCACUCAACUCUGUCACACGUGUCCAGGCAUGUCAGUGACUCUGGUCAUUGUUGUGGUUCUACUGAAGCUGUGA